CUUCUUGCUCCACCCUCAAAGUCACGAUGCAGGAUUCCUUUCUCGACGCUGAAAUGUGUAUACGUCAUUUCUUACGCUCCUACCAUUCUAUUCAUAUCGCUAUAUGUUAUCUCCGUAUGUUUUUCGGAGAGUCAACAUUUCACACUUACUUAAAGUUACUUUUACGAUCAUAACCACAACUCUUCAAGUCUAAUUUAAUCGAGAUGGCCUAUAGCGAGGUAAAUCAAGUUCGUUUAGCUCCUGCGACGGUUCCCGUCGUCCAAUCUCAAUCACAAGUACCCGGUGUAGCGGAAUACGGAUCGUAUAACGCGACAUACAGUAAUCCACAAAUGGUCUCAACAAUUCCCAAUUCGACUAGCAGUGUAUAUGGUGGCUGGACCAAUGCAGGAGCGAUGAAUGGAUCACUCGCUCCCGGUGUCGCCUCCGGUGUGCCUACUAUAGUUGCUGCAAGCACACCUUCCCCGAUAAUCACCGCUAGCAGUGCGCCUACAACCCCAGUCGGCGCAGCUACCGCACUUCCUCAAACCGGUGUAGCUUAUACUGUCCCUCAGGCUGGUGUAGGUUCCGCCAUGCCUCAACCUGGGAUAGCUUCUACUAUGCCUCCAACCGGUGUAGUCCCUCCUAUUCCUCAAGAGAAUACGGCUUACAUUAUGCCUCAAGCAGGUAUAGCAUCUAUGCCUACCGCUGCUCCUCAUACCGGUGUACCUGCUGUUGUGCCUCAAACAGGAGCACCGGGAGCCGGAGGAAUGGCCAGUGCUGGAAAUACCGCAGUUCAAACUCAAAUGGGAGGCAUGGGUAUGGGUAUGGGAGCCCCAGGAUCCAUGGGUGGCAUGGGUGCAGGAACGAUGGGAAGCAUGGGCGGUAUGACAGGAGCUGGAGGAUUCGCACCGUACCCCAACACCAUGUAUCCAUCGAUGGGCUCAGGCAUGGCUUAUCCUCCUGCCGUAGCUCAACCGCAGAUGCAGUAUGGUGGCACUGGAAUGAUGAUGCCUUCUGCUCAGUCUCAACAAGCUCCUGUCGUCGUGUAUACUAAACCCAGGAGGCACCAUCAUCAUCGCUCUAGCAAACAUGGACAUGGAUAUGGUCGCCGCUCUCGAAGUGUUGAGAUCGAUCGGUACUGAGUAUUGAAUAUUGAAUACCGAGUUCAAUUACAGUACUUAUCCCUCACAUCGCGUAUCUAUCUUCUUUUGUACGAUAUGUAUAAGUAAAUUCUAUUAAUUGUACAGUAAACUCUUGGAGGUCUGUUGAGGAGCUUGGCACCGUCACAGUCGUACAAUGAGU